UCAAUGUAUUGCAUUCAUUGAGUAACUAAUAAACUAUUGACUAAUAAAUACUAAACACUUGUCAACAAUAAUAUUGUGUUUCAUAUGAAUAACAACAACAAUAUAUGACAACUGAUUGUCAAAGUGUUUGAUUGCAAGACAUGGUGUCAAUCAUCACAUGAUUUUUUGGUCAUCGCUGAAGACAAUUGUAGUCCAUCUGAAUGAAUAGUGUUUGGUUGGCAUCCAAUGGUUAUAUUAAUUCAAUUGAAUUGCGAGACUUGAAUUCAUCGGAUGUGCCAAAAGUGAAACAAUUAUGUAGCGAUUGGUUCCCAAUUGAAUAUCCCGACAGUUGGUAUGAAGAAAUCACCACAAAUAAGAAGUUUAUAUCUAAGGCCGCAGUUUAUGAUUCAGAAAUUGUUGGUUUAAUAGUUGUGGAAACUAAAAGCCAAGACAAAUGCAAUCGUGAAGAUAAAGGAUUAUUGGCCACAAGUUUGCCUAAAGACUCCGAAGUGGCCUAUAUAUUGACGUUAGGAGUGGUCAAAGAGCAUCGACGCAACGGUAUCGCCAGUCUUUUGUUGGACAAACUAAUCAAAGACUUGAUAUACGAACCGAAAAACAGAGGCGUAAAAGCAGUCUAUUUACAUGUAUUGACCACUAAUAUAGUUGCCAUACGUUUCUAUGAGAAUCGGCAGUUUAAACGCCACUUAUAUCUACCUCUUUAUUACUCAAUCAAUAGUACGGCCAGAGAUGGCUUCUCGUAUGUGCUGUACAUCAACGGAGGUCGACCACAACCAACACUAUUAGAUUAUAUCGCAAUGUUUUUAGAGACAAUCAGUCAGAUAGCGGCCACUCCUUGCCGAUGGCCAAAGCGUCUGUUUCUAAUGAUAACAUCGGGAGUGUUUAGAUAUGUACCGAUAAGUUCAAGGCGUAGAAGAUCAUCGCCAUAUUUAGCGACGCUUUGACUGUUUAUUACUUAAAACAUCUCAUAAUUUGUUGUUAACUAAUUGUAUACUAAUUGCAAUCCCAAAGAGUCUAAUCAAUACUUAUAUAUCAAUUAAUUCUCAUUUAAACAACUCAUACAUAGACUAAAUAAUAUCGAUUGAAACAAAACAAAAUUCGAUCAAUUGUUGUGGAUUACGAUACAAAUGAUGUCUUACUGUAUAUUAAUAUUUAUCAAAUCUGCCGUUUUUUUACACAAAUAUUAUAGCUUUAAAAAAUUUCUCCCUUAACUAAUAUUAAAUAGUUUUAAGAGCACCUAGUUUAGUCGUAAUUAAUAAUUAUUAUUGUUAAAUAAUAUUAU